GGAAUUCCUCUCAGGGUUGCCAUGCCUCCCUGAGCCCAGCAGAAGGAAGGGAGGGCAGCCAGCAGGCACGGUCUGAGCCAGGCUCUGGCCCCAAAGAAGAGUCUCCCCUGUAAUGGCCGGGAAGCAUCCACUGGGGCCCCUGGACCCCGUGAUGUACGGCAAAAUGCCCCGCCUAGAGACUGAGGCUGGGCACGGGCUGCCCGCUACCUUGUGCAAGUCCGGUGCCCUCCCUGGCCACCCCAGCGGUGGCCACUUCAGCUACAAGGGCACCUAUUUCACCUACCCACUACCAGGGCCCGAGGUUGUCCCGGAGUCCCAUGCCCCAUGGAGCCCAGCCUCGGCCUACGGCCCCUACGCCAGCCAGCCGCUGCGGGCUGACGGGAUGCUGAUGAACUGCCUGCUCUACCGCCGUGAGACCGAGCACCUGGAGGCUGCCCUGAGGAGCACGGGCACCGAGAAGGGCAAGGACCACGUGGUAAGGGACCUGCUCCUGACCCGGGAGAAGUGGGUGAGCCACCUGAGCCAUCACGACCGGCUCCAGUCCAGCCGGGGGCCCGCUUUCCCCAACCAGAAGACCCUGGAGGAAGGUGGCCCUCCGCCACCCUCUGUCUGUGCCCCGCUGGCGGCACCCAAGCCCAUGUACAGGAACCCACUCUGCUACCUGGAGCCGGGCUGUGGGCAGCAGGCAUGCGUGACACUGGGUGCCCCGGCUGACAGCGGGACCAAGAGGCCCCCGGACGUGGACUGGGCUCUCCCAACCUCCUCGGCACCCCUGCUCCACUCGGGCAACCUACCCUGUGGGGCCCUUUCCACCGGGCCCAAGAAAACCCGGCCUCUGGAGGCUGGUUUCCUUCCCCUGCCCCUGUCCCUGCCCCAGGGGGCAGGCAGCCAGGCCAGGGAGCCGGCCUCCACCCCUGGAGGCUUCUCCCCGUUCCAGGUGGCUCUGGAGAACUACCGGGUAGCGCAUAGCACCAGCUUUCUGGAUGCCAAGCACCCGGCCGCCUAUGGGGGCCAGAAAAAGGGGGCAGAGGCACCCGACAGCCCGACCCCAGGCUCCUGGGCCAAAAGGCACCCAUUCCCUGCUAGCCCCCUGGCACCACCUCCGGUAUCUGUGUUCCCAGAGAGGUCGUCCGCUCAUUACCCUUUGGCACCCCACGAGCAGCCGUUGCCAUUCCCCCCUGGAAGCCCGCACCCGGAGAAGCCCAAUGGUUCGGUACUGGCCCCGCAGGCCCCGGCUGGCUACCCGGGCUACGGCUAUUCGGGGAACGGGGAGGUCCGGGCCUUGGCCAGCCCCUACCUGAGGCAGCCAGCCAUCCGGGUCCCCUACCCGCCCGCCGGACCGGAGCCCUCGGCCUACCGCUUCGGCUCCCUGCCCAUGUUCUCUCCGGCGAUGAAGACCAGAGGGUCCACCCGGGGAGACCCCGAACUGCCACCUGCUUCUGGGUGCCGGCUGGACCUCCCCGCGCCGGCCCACGGCUUCACUUUUGGCCUCCGCGACCCCGCCCUUUACAGCUCGCCUCCAGCCGCCGAGGCUGCCCCCGGCGUGCCCUUGCUCAAGGACUGUACCAGCCUGCAUAGCGCCUUCCAGCCGGUGCAGCAUGGCAGCCGGACCCAGCGGGGGACCGGGAGGCUCCCGGAGGCCCUGCCUCCGGGGGACCCCCCCUGCUACCUCCUGAGCCCCGGCAGAGGGGGGAGCGUUCGGCUGCUGGAGGGGGACGGGAAGGGGCCCGGUUGCCACCGGGAGGAACCCCCACUCAGUGUACCCAUCGUCAUCCCCGACAGCCCCAUCCCACCCCUUCCCGCCUCCCUCGGGCAGGGGGAGGCCCUGUGCCAGACCAGCAUUGGAGGGCCUGGACCGCCUCCCCAGCCGCCCGCGUUCUCCAGGGAGAGGUGGCAGCUCCCGAAACAGGCAGAUGAUGCCGCCCCGCCCCCCUGCUCUCCGCCGAUGCCCGUCAUCCACAACGUCUUCAGCCUGGCCCCCUACCGCGACUACCUGGACACAGGGCCCGAGAAAACAGCCGAACUGCCCUUGGCCAAGGCCCGGCCACCGGGAGAGCCGGCGUCUGCCCCCUGCCCCGCGGUUAGGCCCCGGCCCUCCCGACUCACACGGGCCCCUGAGACCCAGGGGACGGUGCUAGCCGCCCCCGGGGGUGUCUGGGAUGGGAGAGACCAGAGGGCGGAGGGCGAGGAGGCUGGGCAGGGGCCAGACAGCCAACCACCUCCACUGCCCAAGGCCGAGGCCCCCAAGGGGAAGGCAGCGGGUGAGGGCUUCGGUGGCAGAGUUGAGGUGGCGUUGGACCUGAGCCUGAAGAAGCGGCCAUCGGAGGCCGGCACAGGGCAGAGCCAGGACACAUGCCCAGUGGCUGAUUCCAACCCAGAAGGACAGGGGCCUGAGGCCCGGCCCGAGCCGGAGCUCCAGGUCCCGCCCGCCGCCCCUGAGGCCACCGCAGCUGCCCCAGAGAUGACCACCCCAGUUGGGGGCGGCUUCCACAGCUCAGUGGCCUUCAUGUUCCACAAGUUCAAGAUUCUGAAGCCCACCCCGUCGGGUGGAGACCGGGGUAGAGCCCCCUCGGCCGCGGCCCCACCCCGGACCAGCAGCCUCCGGCUCCUGCCCCGGCCCAGCAUCCAGCCCCUGCCCCUGCAAGUGACCUGCUUCAACCUGGUGCCUUCGGAGGCGGCCCCGGCGCCCCCCGGGUCGCCCCCGGGGCCCCCGGAGCCGGCCGAGGCCCCCUCCCCGCCUAGCUCCUCCGAGCAGCGCUUUACCGGACUGCACCUCUCCCUGUGCAGAGCCAUCGCCUGCUUCGUGGCACGCUCGUCCCCGGAGCUGCUGCAGCAGUGGCUGCGACUGGCAGAGCCCCAGCCCCGGGAAGGGCCCACGUCCCCCCCACCCAGGGUCAAGAACGGGGCCCGGGCCUCCGACCCCCAGAAGUCUUCACGGGGCCAGGCCAUCUGGCUGGGCUACGAAGGGGUGAAGGGCCUGCUGAGCCAGCUGCUGGCCCAGCUGGACACCUUUCUGGCCACCCGCCACUGCCCCUUCCCCCACGUGGUCCGGGCGGGCGCCAUCUUCAUCCCCAUCUACCUGGUGAAGGAGAAGUUGUUCCCCGACCUGGCCGGGGCCUCAGUGGACCAUGUCCUGCAGGAGCACAGGGUGGAACUGCGGCCUACCACGCUGACCGAAGAGAGGCUUCUCAGGGACCUGGAGCUGCAUGGCUGCACGUCCCGCAUGCUGAAGCUGCUGGCUCUGAAACAGCUGCCCGACAUCUACCCCGACCUCCUGGGCCUGCAGUGGCACAACUGCGUCCAGCAGCAGCUCAGUGAGUGUGCCCUUGCACCCUGCCCCAACCCCAAGUUCCAGGAUGGCGAGGGGACAGCAGGAGCUCCUGGACUGUGAGGUUACAGAGUAUCUGGAUCCAGGGCGAGGGGCGGCGGCCCCCGAGGGAACGCCCCUACCUAGCUUGGCUUGCUGCUAUUUCUCAAGGA